AUGCCCGACCACGCCGGGACGGCCGCCGCCGCGCCGCCCCAGAGCGAGUCUAAUCCGACCCCUCCCAAGGAGCUCUAUCCCAUGGUCAACUGGAAGUACGACCUCUUCCUCUGGGUAUUGGGCGUGCUGGUCGAUCUCUUCUUCCGUGAGGUUCACCCGAGAGGCGCCUGGAAAGUCCCCAAGACGGGCCCUGUUCUCUUCGUCGCCGCUCCUCACGCGAACCAGUUCGUCGAUGCCCUGAUCCUUCAACGCACCCUCCGCCACGAGGCCGGCCGCCGGGUCUCCCUCCUCAUCGCCCAAAAGUCUGUACACGGCUUCAUCGGAUGGGGUUCGCGCCAGGUCGGCUCCGUGCCCGUCGGACGUGCUCAAGACGCCGCCAAGCCCGGCGCUGGCGUCAUCUACCUGCCUGACCCCAUCAACGACCCUACCCUCAUCCGCGGCGUCGGCACCAAGUUCGGCCAGGGCGAAGGCGAGGUCCAUGGUAUGCUGUUCUUGCCCUCUGCCAAGAAGCAGACGGGUGCCAGCGUCGACAUCGCACAGAUCCUGGGCCCCGAGGAGAUCCGCAUCAAGCGUCCUUUCAAGGGCAAGCUUGCCAUGGAGCAGCUCACUGGACGCGACGACAUUAACGAGAAUGGAAACUUCACCAACAAGGACCUCAAGGGGUGCCAGCCUGGCUUCCAGGGUACCAAGUAUAAGCUCGCUCCCCACAUUGAUCAGACCAAGGUGUACGAGGCCGUCUUCGACCGUCUGAAGUCUGGAGGCUGCGUUGGCAUCUUCCCCGAGGGCGGCAGCCACGACCGUACCGAGCUGCUGCCCCUCAAGGCCGGUGUCGCCAUCAUGGCUCUCGGCGCCCUCGCCGAAUCUCCCGACUGCGGCCUGACCAUCGUGCCCGUUGGCAUGAACUACUUCCACGCCCACAAGUUCCGCAGUCGCGCCGUUGUCGAAUUCGGUCCCCCCUUUAGUGUCCCCCCGCACUUGGUCGAGAUGUACAAGAACAACCAGAGACGCGAGGCCAUCGGCCAGCUUCUCGACAGCGUCUACCAGGCACUGAGCGCCGUCACCGUCUCUACCCCCGACUACGACACCUUGAUGAUGCUCCAGGCUGCUCGCCGCCUCUACAAUCCCACCGGGAAGAAGCUGCCCCUCCCCGUCGUCAUCGAGCUGAACCGCAGACUGGCCAUGGGCUACGAGAAGUACAAGGACGACGAGCGGGUCGUCAACGUGAUCAAGGCAGUCAAGCAGUAUAACAAGGAGCUCAGCUACGUCAACCUUCGCGACCAUCAGGUGCAGUACGCCAAAAUGUCCAUUCCCAAGGUCAUUUUCCUGUUGCUCUACCGGGUUACGAAACUUCUUGUCCUGCUCGUUGGCGUCCUGCCCGGCCUCAUCCUGUUUGCCCCCGUCUUCGCCGCGUCCAAAGCCAUCAGCGUUCGUAAGGCGAAGCAGGCACUGGCGGGCUCGACGGUCAAGAUCCAGGGACGCGACGUCAUGGCCACAUGGAAGCUCCUGGUGGCCAUCUUCCUGGCCCCCACGCUCUACCACUUUUACUCGGCCGUUGUUACGUACAAGGUGUGGCAGGAUCAUCUUUGGGGCUACGUUCCCGAAUGGGUGCCGUGGUGGUCGACGUACAUGGUAAUGUGGCCGCUGAUGGUGGGUGUCACGUUCGCCGCUCUUCGGUUUGGUGAAGUUGGCAUGGAUAUUUUCAAGUCUCUGAGGCCGCUGGUCCUUUGCUUGAACCCCGCUUCCAGCUACAACAUUCAUCAACUGCGAGCGAAACGAGCCGACCUCAGCGCUCAGGUCACGGAUCUUAUCAACACACUGGGCCCCGAAAUGUUCCCCGACUUCGAGAAGACUCGCUUGAUUGCGGAUCCGUACAAGGCCGACGGGCACUCUCGACCUCGCACUCCGCCAGCGCGUAGGGAUAGCGACGCAUCCAGCGCCUACGAAGCGGCCACGCCACCGUCAUCCAUCUCCCGGAGAGCGACUCAACAGUCGAGCCGCGGCCUGCCUCGUAACGAGUCGUACAGCAAUAUUGGCGGUGUCGGCAUCUUCUCCACCCGACCCCCAUCGCGCUCAAGGAGUAGGAGCAGCAGCAGCGGAGGCGGUCUUGGGUCGGGCGGGUUCCCUAUCAGCGGCUUCACGACGCUGGACUCUGCCGGCGGGUUUGACGAGGCAAGCAAGAAGAUCCGCGAGGCUAUGAAGUUGCGCAGGAAAAGGAGCGGCGACCAACGGAUGGAAUUGGGUGCCGACGACAGCGAGGACGAGGAGUACAAUGAGGCGCGCAAGAAGAACGCGUGA